GAUGCCUGGGGACGCUGUCGAUAAUUUAAAAACGACAGUCGUCAAACCAAUAGUGUACGGAAACGUUUCUCGCUAUUUGGGGAAAAAGCGCGAAGAGGAUGGAAGGACACACCAGUGGACGGCUUUUUUGCGUCCGUUUAAUACCAAUGAAGAUCUUUCAACAUUUAUCAGACGUGUGCAGUUUAAGUUGCAUGAAAGCUAUGCUAAUCCAAUCCGUGUAGUACACAAGCCUCCAUUCGAACUCACAGAGACUGGAUGGGGAGAAUUCGAUAUCACUAUGAAAGUAGUUUUCACCGAUCCCAACGAAAAACCACUCGUCAUCACUCACUUGAUCAAGCUGUUUCAUUGUGACCACGAGAUUAUGAUGGGUCACAAGAGCUUAGUUCGAGAAAUUUACGACGAGAUGGUGUUUGUCGAUCCGUCGCAUACGUUCUACAGAUCUCUCAUGAGCAAAUCCUCUUUGAGCACUCCCACUGCACCGCACGAAACAGAUUUCCAGGAACUAAAGUGCCGCACUUUGGCUUCCAUCCAAGACCUGAACAUAAAGGUGACUCGUGCCAUACAACUUUUCAGGGAUCAACUUACAACGAGUAAAGAGAUUGUCGAAGAGGUGCGAGCGGCGGUCGCUGAACUGGAACAUCCAUUCGCUACCAAAAUCACCUAAACAUUGUAAUGUGCUAGUCUUUCGUUUUUAUUUACACGUACGCAUUGGAAACUCCUUGUGUAUCAAUUGUACAUAAAGUUGACGUCAUAACAAAACCGGAAAUCGAGAAUAUCCUGCUUCUGAUAUGUUUUGCAGACUAAUCAACACGGUGGGUAUGAGCGCGGUAUUCCAGCGAUGAGCACAAAUACUAACCGAUAACUGCGUUUUUCACCAAUGCCAGAAUGAGUGCUUUAAUUGAUGCUAUGCGAAUACAUUU